AUGGGGCAUACGCAAUCUUCUGAAGGCGUAGACCCAUCUCUGGAUAAAUCAUCUGAACUUAAUAAAUCCAAACGACAAACUUUUAGUUCAGUACAAUCUUCUACUGAUGAUGAAUUAUCUCAUUAUUCUUUAAAUUCAAAGGGAAAGUCUACCAAUUUCACUCCUGACACUCUUAACACUCCUGACCAACCUUUUUUUUGUCGGACUCCAUCCUCGGUUACUUCAUUGAAUGAUGACUGUGAUUCUUCGGAAUCAAGUUAUCGUAUUCACUCAAGAUCUCAAUCAACUGAUAUUUAUUAUGAUAAUAUUAAUAAUAAAAGAUUUCAUCGGUCAUAUUCAUUACCAAGUAAUUCAAGAAGACCUCAACGUCAUUCUUCUUAUCUCUCUCAUUGCUCUUUGUAUUCAGAAAGUCGUGAUGAACCACUAAGAUGGAAAAAAGCUCAUAAACGACAAUCCAUUUUAACAUUACAACAACAAAUCCCUUCUUAUCUAUCCACUGAACCAAAUAGUAUACCUUAUUCUUAUAAAGAAGCUAUGGAUAUAAUAUGUGGUGAAAAAAAUUAUCUAUCAAAUUAUCAAGAAUCUGACGAUGACUUUUGCGACUCUACUCCAAGUACUUCAGUUACCGCUUUAAGCAGUGUCAAUGAUGAUAUUACUGAAGAACUUUUAUUAUUAGAUCCAAAAUCUCUUUUUGGUUCUGAACCUUUUUAUUCUUUACCAGAAACUCACGUGUUAUACCUAAUUAAACGUGAUGAUGUUGGUGGACAUACUGAAGUUGAAAUUUGGAGAUGUCUUGUUGAAUGGGGUAAAAGAAAUACUCCAAAAUUUAUUUUUAAUAAUGAUAUUAAUAAAUGGUCUAAAAAAGAUUUUGAAUCACUUGCAAGAACAUUACGUAAUUGUAUUUAUUGGAUAAGAUUUUUACAAAUGACUCCAAUUGAAUUUCAAACUUUUGUCAUGCCAUAUCAAUAUAUCAUUCCUAAAUUUAUUAUUGGAAACUUUUUACGUCAAAAAAUAACUGAUCAUCCCCAAACUUCAAUGGCAUUGGCUCCUGCAAGGAUUCCAAUGACUCCAAUUGAUUCAACUAUUAUUACGGGUCGACACGCUACAAUUUUGAAUUCAAGGCGUGCAUCUACCCUUUCAUUAUCAAGAAGAAAUUCAAUGAAUAAAAAAAGGGAAGAAUCUGCCCAAGGAAAUUGUUUCAUAUUUUCUUUUGAAGAUACUUAUUAUCCAGAACAAACCGCAAUUAUAAGUAGAGUAAUUCCUGAAUUUAAAAAAGAUGCUAUAAAAGUAAAAAAUAAAUGGGGUGGUCCAUGUUUUGGACGGGGUGACCUUUGGGUUUGUCCUGAUAAGAAAAAUAAAUCUUUAUACAUUCGUCCGACAUCCUAUGAAAUUCCAAUAAUAGAUUCUGAGGAUGUGAAUUUUAAAUGGGUCGAUUUUGAAGUAUUCCAAGUCUUGGAUCAAUGA